AGAGCCUCGUGAGUUCUCCAUUGGACCUCAGGCGGUGAGGUCAUAUCCAACUGAUUCCAAACCUUGGAUCAAGGUGAGUUGAAACAUUUCAAGACCCAAACAUCUCCAUGAUGAUCCUGGAGCUGGGCAGCUGUGGAACACCCCACGUUUCCCUUGGUAUUAUGCACAUAAAUACACCUAAGCUGAACACGCUGGCAGACAGAGAGAGCUUAUUUUGCUCGAGUGUGUGGCCUUUGUAGUGGCAUCUUUUUUAAACACCCUUAGGAUUGCAGUUGUCUUAGUUGUACUUUCAGUGGAGGGGCGAGGGGCCCGCGCGCCCAUGGUGACCCCGUUGGGGUUUCUGGACACGCACACCUGCGAGCAGAUUGGCUCAACCGAGCCUUGUGUCGAUCUUUGGUCUUCCCUCGUGUGCCUCGGACCUUUUCCUGAAGAGGGGGUGUGUUUUCAGGACGCAGAUUUUCAGGUGCAUUACUUGGAUCGGGAUGGGCUAAUUAAGCUCAUGUCCUGCCAGUGGGCCGGCCAUUUGCUCUUGGAGGACCAUCGGCUGUUGCAUGAACGAGAUCUUUGGGCAUUCCCACCGCCUGUGUCACCAAGUGACCCCUUCGGACGCAUUCCAUCGAGUGAAGAUGCAGGAUGUGCCGAGCUCUUAAGAUCUGGAGACUUCCUUUUCCAUCACCUUUAUGUGGCGUCUGUAGGCGUGGUUGAUGGUAUUGAUGUUGGGCUCGGGCUUUUUGCCAUGGCUGAGAUUCCACAAGGUACUGUCCUGGGUGAAUAUACAGGGGUCUUGUCGCGGAGAGUAAGCGAAGAUGAUGGAGUUUAUGGCUAUGGACUGCCAGUGGUUGAUCCGGACCUUGUGAUCAACGCCAAGGACUUUGGAAACCUUUGCCGCCUGAUCAACCACAGCGAGGAUGAGUGGAACGCUGAGUUGAUUACUGUUCACCACGAAGGCAUGCUCCAUGUGGUCUGCAGAGUUGUGAGUGACAUCGUGGCAGGGCAGCAGGUAUUGAUCCACUACGGUGCCCGCUACUGGCGUGUGGAGAGCCGCUGCCGAGUGCAGUUGUCUAGAUGUGGACAAAGUGGAAGGGUUCAUGAGGCCGGUGGCUACUUGUCACAUUGAGAGCGCAGUUCGAGAGUUUAGUUCCAGGCGCAGACAGACUAGUGACUAGUGAUUCGCCUUGUCCUUGGAGUUUCUUGGAUUCCCUGCAGCUUCGUCAACGUGAACUACAGCACAAUGCCGGUGUGACUAGCAUUUUUCAGAGCUUGAAGCCGAAGUUGAUCGAUCGUGUGAUGGAAGUGUCCGUGCCUUGGUCCGUGAGACCGGCCGUGAUCGUCACCCGACCCGCACGCUGUGCCGAAAGAAGUGCGGAGGCGCGAGGCGCCUGUUUCAUCAGGACGGCAACGUUUGGGACCCGACAUGGUUUGGAGGGCUCACACACUUGAGGGUUCACAGUUCUACCCGUUGUUAGAGAGUCA